GCAUGCAAAAACGUCGAAGAGACAUUAGGGAUGCAUUUAAUCACACCAACAAAAAUCCGCAGAUAGGUAUAUAUUUAUUCUGCAAUUUUCUCAUUAUUGCUCUCUUCCGCGAGAAACUUCUCUCAAUAUGCAUUGCUAGCUCUCCUGCUGUGGAAAAUUCAUCACACACUGAGAGAAGGACCGCGAGAGCUUUUUGCCAAAAAGUUCAUCUCACACAGUCGCUUCAGUUCCGCCACGCGAAUCGCACACGACUUGAGCUUACCACCACCAACCACCCCCCCCAGGAAGUCUCACUGUGAGGCUUUUUCCUCUGCCUCCGUCACAUAGGGUGAAUUUUCCCAAGCAAAGGUAAAAAUUUCCCCCUUCUUGCACACUCCUUGUUGCGUCUCUAUGGAGCUGUUUGUUGUGCAACGUGCUCUUCUGAAGGUUCUUCCGUAGAGGAAAAAGUGUUUUAAGGAAAAAACAUCCCCACCAAGGUGGUCAAGGAGUUUUUCAUUGAAAAAUUUUCCCUUUCGAAGUUGCGCAAUUUGUUGGGGCGUGAAAUUUUCACUGUUCCUUCCCCCAACGACUUUCCAUCGUGCGGAAGACCCCCUCUCAUAUUGUAUGUAGUGUGUGGUUGGUUUUCCAAGUUGAAUCCGAGAAUCGAUAUAUUGAUUGAAACCAGGCAACUAAGGGGUGUGUUGCUCACGCGGAAAAAAAAAGUAAAAUUGGUCAUAUGAAAAAGUAAAGGGAGUGGGAGGGAGCUGGGGGGAUUUGGGUGCACAAAUACGACAUCAUUAGCAAGUGAGAGCACCACAAAAGGGUACAACAACACACUCAAAGGGCGACCCACAAGAAAGCAACAAUGAACUCAACAUCGCACACCCCGGGAUCCUACUCGCUCACCAGUUCCUCGGCACUUCCCAAGGAAGUUUUUGAUGUGCUGGAGCCAACGCAGAAAGAAAUUGUUGACUACGCCAGGAAAAUUGGCAUAAAUCCAGAGAAAGAGCCCCAUCUACUCCCCAUUGCCCGUGACGGACUCCUGCAGACACUUCCAUAUGACUGGCAGCCAUACUACAAUAAGCAGAAAAAGGCGUACUAUUAUUUAAAUGUGAUAACAAAGGAAAUGCAGUAUGAGCAUCCUCUGGACGUAAUUUACAAAGGUUUAGUCGAGAAAGCACGACGUCAGGGUCUAUCGGAUGUUUCAGAGGAUUCGGGGAUUCGUAGUUUGCAGGAUAAUGAGCAAGUAGAGAAACCCAAAAAGGAGCCUGUAGUAGUUGAAGAAGCAACAGAAGAAAAGAUGGAUAGGCAUCUAGCUCCCCUGCCUAAACGUCCCAUGUGGGAACUUCAGCCACUGCCCAAAAGACCCCUUGGCUCUGGUCAGCAAAUUGGCUUAGAAAUACCCCGAGCUAAGCCCGAAAUUGUAAAACCCGUAGCAGCUGAGAAGCCCCCCGUGAAGGGGUUCACAUUAACGGGAACAGGAUCGAUAUUCCUGAAAUCGAAGAAAGUCGAAGGAUCAGAUUCGAGUGUGACCAAACCAAUUGAUAUUGAGAAGUCAAAACCAAAUUUUCUCGAACAGCCAACAACGAAUUCCAAUGUCAAGGGGAUCCUUCGAGAUUCCAGCCUAUCCGAUGUGAGACGUCCCCUGGGGCAGGACAUUUCCCAUCAAUCGGAAAUGUCUGAUCGGAAGAGCGUUAAAUUCAAUUUGGCUGAGGCAGCAGCUCCCAGAGAACUUCCAGCUGUGGCUGCCAGUGGUUCUUCCACAUCAUCGUCUGAAGAUCUGGCAGCUGGGGAGGCAGAAGAGGACAAUUGGGAUUUCAAUAUGAGCGAUGAAGGCGAUGAUGAUGGGGUUCGACAGGUGACCGUUCAACCCGUAAACCGGGUGACCGUUGUAAAACCACCCCCAAAGCAACAACCGGAAGAAGCGGCAGCAGUACGUCCCUCUUCAAGCCGUGGCCCAUCCCUGGCCCGUGCCUUCAGUAUUGCCGUACAGGAUGAUGUACCAGACAGAGCUGGUGCAGCUGUGAAGCCACUCUACGAGGACAGCGACUCAGAGAGUGCGGCAAAUUCAGUUAAAAAUUCAAACUUUCCCACAAUAGGUAUGGAAAGUGAUCCACUGAUGAUGCAGGAAGAUCGUCGUUUGAUUGUCGAUCAGAUGAUUCAGGAUCUCGAUAAAUUCCGUUUGCACAUUCAGCAGGAAAAGCGCCUCGAGGAAGAGAAAAUUCAGCGUGAAAUGAGGAUGGAAUUGGAGGCAAUGAAGAAGGAAAUUGUUGAGAAGAAUAAAUCCGAAUUGAAUCUCUUUGAAUUGGAAUCCACAAAGGUGUCCAACAGGAAGGAACUUGAAGAUUUAAUUGCGCAGGAAAAUCGUCGUUUUGCCACGGAAAAGGAAGAAAUAAUAAAGAGACUCAAGAGGAAUCACGAGGAGAAGUUGGAGCAACUUGUGCGAGAGCAAGAGGGGCAAUUUGAGGAGAUGCUGGCAAAGAAGAAACGUGAAUUGGAGGAAAGUCAUCGGGAGAGGAUGUCUCGCGUGGAAAAUGACAUGGAUUCCCAACUGAAGCACAUGAGGGAAGAGAUUGAGGCGACUCAUAGGCAUUCUCUGGAAGAAUUCCGGGAGAAGCUGAGGAGUGAAUUUGAGGAACGGAGAAAGGUGAUCAGUGCGGAACAUCGGGCUUCUGUGGAGACACUCCAGAAGAAUCACAGUGAAAUUCUGCAGGAAUUGGAAAGAGAUUUAAAGACUGAAGAGGAGCUCCUGAAGAAGGAGCAUACCAUGAGCCUCAACCAGGCUAAGGCGAAAAUUUCCCAUGAGAUUGAGGUGGAGAAGCAGAGAAUGCGAGAAACUGGUGAGGAUCGUCUCUAUGAGAAGAUUCGCUGUGAGAAGCGCCUCCUGGAGGACAAGUACAGAUGCCUCAAGGAAAAGUAUACGCGUCUCAAGACAGACGUGAAGCUUUCUCUGGAGCGUCGCAAUAAUCGCCGCAGGGAGCAAAUACAGCCGAGUGUGACAACAACAACGGGAUCUGAAACAGAGCGAUCACUCUCAAAUCGUCAGCAUGUAGCCAUGGUGGAUGUUUCUCCAGUGGGAAGACCCCCAACGGCUCCCCUGACGCCCAAAGCUCAGCCAAAAUUUCGUGACUGCAGCACUGAGACGAGAGAAAAGUCCCUCGAGAGACAUCUCAGUGUGAAAGAGGGAAAGAAAUUUGGUGCAGCAACGAAGUAUCUAAAGCACAUACAGCAACAGCAGAAUGAUGACACCACGUCCAUUAGUCAGAGCGACACAACAGUCAGCAAUCCCCAGGGAGGGAGAUUGAGGAUUCCCGUGCCAUUCGGGGACAAUGGAAAUUCCGAUUCGGAAGCAAUAAAUCGCAACAAUAACAACCAGAAGGAUGGAACUCCGCUGAGGCAGAGGAAGAAGCUCUUUACACGAACAAAAUCAGCAUCAACAUCGCGACUCAAUACGACCAAAAGUGGCGGAGACUGUGGACGUCCAUGUACGCCCGUUGAGAAUCUCCGGAGGCAACUGCAGAAACUCGAAGAUCUUGAGGAUCAAUUUCCAGACAACUCCUUCGACACAACAUACCAUCUUCGGUAUCCCUUCUCCGAUGUGGCCAAUAACUAUGCUAGCAUGAGUUCAGAAUUGGAAUUCUUUAAGCAUCGCAUUCAUCUCGAGAGGGAUUCCGUGCGACGUGCCAAGGACUCCCUCCGGACGCAGAGAACAAACUUCCGGGCACGACAGCGUGAGAUCAAGUUGCGUCACAAGAGCGGGACAAAGCACACAAUUGAUCAUCUUAUUCAGGAGGAGAAGGAGUUGACGGAAAUGGAGGUGAAUUUGCACCGUACUCGUGCACUAUUGGGGGAGAAGGUUAUUCGACUGAGGCACCUGGAGCAGAGUCUGCAGAGGGUGUGUGAGAAAGAGAAGCCCAUUCAGAUGGAGCGGCAGCAUCACAAUCCACGAGAUGAUGCAACACUGAGUGACGUCUCCUCGUCCCACUCAAGCUCCGGUUUCAGUAGCACUGAUUUCAUUACGGAUACCAACAAUCACGGUGGCCGACAGCAGAGGGAACUCUACCAGGAAUCAACGGAUAUUAUACAGAAUCUUGAGCAUCUGAAUGCGGAAAUUAAGGAGAUUUGGGAUAUUCUCAGCAAGCAGCAGGCUCAUGGGAUUCCUCCUCCACCAAUCAACACAUACGGACAGGAAGGUUGCUGGAGUACAUCCCCAAAUUCAGCCCAAAUGUUCUUUCCUAUGCCUUCAACUUCUCUCGCAGGACCCCAAACGGCACCAAAGCCCAUCCCGAGUAUGAGUCAGGAGACGUACAAGCAGGCAACAGUUGUCCGUGGAGCUAAUUCCGUAACUCUGGGCACCCCCUCAGCUAGUGCUACGGUUCACACAAUUGUUUCUCAGUCCCCUCUUGCUGGGCACUGCACCACGAGCCUCGUUGAGCGUACGCGAAACCUAAAGAUUUGGCUAAAUCAAGCCAAGAAUGAGCACGAAAUGCUCGCAGCAGGGAAACAAGGGAGCGACCUUUAAUCCGAUUCAUUCGCAUGCAAUCCGGGAAUCUACGGGACGCGUCAGAGGACGAUCAAUAAAUUGGACUGAUAAAAUGAUUUGAAAUGAAAGAGAACUAAAAAGACUGAACAAAUGGGAAUAAAACUCCCCUCUGACCAUUUUAUGGAUUCCCGCGAACUUAAAAGCCAUCUCUCACGGGGAAAUUCCUUCUUAUAUAACCCAGAAAGGAUCUCCCUUAGUCUUUCUGCCUAUAUUGAAUUUUCUCUGAAGAACGAUACUUUUCAGUCAGAGACUAUUUAGACAUAUUUAUCGAUUAUAUACUAUUUCUAUCAUAUAUAUACUUACUAAUGAAAAAAACAUAUAUAUCGCUCCAAUUUUUCUUCCUUGUGAAAAAAUCUUCCCUGACAUUUGCUUCCUUGUUGGAAUGUCAGGGAAGUUGAUGAUGUUACACACAACACUCUCAAUAUUUAUUAAAAAUUCGUAUUUAAUCUAAUAAAAAGAUGAAUAUAAGGCACAUUUCAUUGCAAUGGUACUCAAGUUACCCCCUUUUGAAGAAAAGAAUCAAAAAAAGUGUCGAGAAAAAUUGAUAAAAAGCACUGAUGAAAGUUUUUAGAUUUAAGGAUGUUCAUGACCUUUAAAGGAAAUUCAUUGUGAUCCCAAAAAAAAUGAUAUAAAAGAUGUUUUAGAUUUAGGCGUGUGAUGAAAAUUGAUGGGCCCCGUUGCAAUUUGGUAAAAUAUCGGUUCAAAGGAAUUCGACCUAAACUUGUAAAGUUUAUCUUGUUGCAAAUUCUUGAAGACAGAAUUAUCAGAAUGAUCAAGGAAUCCUUUGAUUUAUGCUUUUCAAGGGGAAAUUUUCUAAUUUUUCCAAUGAUUUUUUUUAAAUUGACCUUUCCUUUAAAAAAAAAUUCAUUGAUUAAGGUUUUGAAACUACCAAAAGUGAAUAAACUUCUUGGUUUAAUAAUGAAUUCCCUAUAAAACUGUGAAGUAUUUUCCAUUUAUUCUCAAAUUAUUUAUGAGAAAAUAAUUUUAAGAUAUUUUGUAACAACCUGCAGUCCUUUUUCAUAAUUUAUCUGCUAGGCUUAUUAUGGAAAGGAUUUAAAAAAAAAAGAGGAACAUUUCUCUUAAGUCUCUCAGUCUGAUUUAAAAAUGAUCUUUUUCCUUUUAAAUAAUCCUAAUCUAUCCAAAGCACUUAAGAAUUAUUAAGAAUUAAGGUCGAAGUCUUUUGAACUCCUAAACGAGAUUUUUUUUCACAAAAUCUUCAAUCCUUUCAUUGCAAAUUACAAAAAAAACAGACAAAAUAAAUUAUUGAUCUCAAGAUAUUCAAAAUUAAACUUUGCUGAAAAAUGACUAUUAAUUAAAAAGAGAACUUUAAUGAUUUUUGUUCCAUUUCAAAGGAAAAACUUUAAUAAAAUAAAAGUUAAAGGAAAGAUGAUUAUGAUGUAGGAAAAACUUGAAAUUAAUUAAAGAAAAAAAUUUUUUGAUGUUUAAAAAAAAUUCAAACUUAUUUGUGCAAGUACCAUCCCAUUCUUUACAAAAAAAAAGGAAUUAUGUACGUAUUUCGAGUAAAAUCAACACCGUCCCAUCUUAUUCUGUGAAGAAAAGUAUAUACGACAAUUGAAAACUAAAUAAAUAAUCAAUACAUAAUGUGUUUCCGAGAACUCACAAUAAAAUGGAUUUAAAAAAAUGUUAAUGUUUGUGUCCCCGAUAUAAAAUAAAAGAUUUGAAAAAUAAAAAAUUGAGAAAACAUUACCGGAUUGGAUCCAA